UUAUACAUAAAUCAAAACAUAAGUAUGUUUUCCUUCGCAAAAACAAAUAAAGCAUACUUUUGUCAACAUUGUAUUAGCUUUGCGGCCUAUAUAGCGUCGAUGCUAGUCGCUCUCAGGCCAAAAUACAUUCAAUAACCGAGUAGUUUAAUUUUGCCUUGGUUUUCACGAAAGGUACAAAUCUGUUUCAAUGAUAUAAAAGUCAUUUUAGGAAUCGUUUGCUUCCACUUUUCAAUUCGGCAUAUAAAUAAACUAAAUGUACCAUUGGAUGAUUGGUUCUCCUGUUGCUUUCACAAUGGUCGUCAGCCAAAAUACUAGUACUACAGCUGUUUUGUAUUCAACUCUACUGACUUCAUUAAGUGGGACCAAGCAGUAAUCCUGCACCCAAAAUCUAUCUUUUGAGUGUCAAAUCUUCAGCCCAUGUAGGAUAAACAGGUGGCUAUAAAAACGUGUAGUUUAAGACCAUGGUCACUACAGCUUAAUUAACACAUAAACACAGUCUCCUCUAUAAAGAGCACUGCAAUGACUACCUUUAUUACUAACUGGUACAAUGAACACCAGUCUGUGUAUGAUUUCCAGUGUGACGGGCAAAAGUAAGAGCUACCGGAUGUCAUACCGCAGCUCCUUAGGUGCUGCUGCGUCACGUCUCGGCUUAACUCCAGCGCUGACGGGACGGAGGCUCAACACCAGCAGGAGGGCUCCGAAGUCGCACAACAUCACUGAGAAGGUGAAUCCGGAGCAGCUGGCCUUACUGACGAAAACCGAGUGGCACCUGUCGUACGUCACUCCUCUCUAUCGGUUCAGACACACCCAGCUGAAGAGCUACUCCGGGCAGCUCUCAGCGUUCAUUGCUGCAGGGAAGCAGCAAGGUCUGGCUGUGGAGGUGUUUGACCCGCAGACGGCCUUCAGGGUCUCCUUCUCUUUGGUGCAGGGGAUGACUGAGUCGGACGACGAUGCUGAGACUGUCCUCAUACAGAUCCACUCGAAGCCAUUGUUUGCCGGGCAGGACGAGCCACAGAAGACAGUGUGGAGCGGCUUGCUGACCUGCGUCAACGGAAACCCCGAGUACCUGCGCUCACUUCCGGAGUACUUCAUCUGCCUGCCGCUCUUCGGCAGCAGUGGGGCCGAGGGUCUCACGACGUUGGUCAAGUCCUGGUUCCAGCAGUCCUUCGACUGCUGCUUUGGCCCUCUGGAAAUCAGCCACACGAGCCUACAGUGGCUGAUGGCAUUGUGGACCAACUGCCACACGGAGUCCAGCAUCCAACACCUCAAAAUGAUUUGGACUCUUCCAGCUGUGCCACCGCUGCAGGUCACCUACACGGUUAACCCCGAGGACGCCUGGGAGCUGUGGAGCAGUGUGAGAAAGACGAGGGAGAAGAGGGGAGGGGUGGAGGAGGAGGACUGUAUCGACAUUGAGGAGGUGACGAGGUUCAUGCAGGGGCUGAAGAGCCACUUCUACAGACACUUCAAGCUGGAUCUGUCAGCGGGCAGCCUGAACCAGGUCUCCACAGCUCUGGGCUCAGCCAAGUCCAGCGGUAGAAUGAAGAUCUCCAACAGCAGAUACAUGAUCACCACCCUGGCGCUACUGACAGAGUGCGCCCUCCUCAAAAUGCCCAUCUGAGUGACCGGAUACAGACUUUUUCUUUUCUUUUUUAAGAACAAAGCCAAACGUCUGCUUCUUUUUCUUAAACUCUUUUCAAAACAUGAAAUGGAGAGUAAUUUUGCACAAUAUUCUCUUCAAUGAAAGUCAUAUUCUGGCCCUUUUCACCCUUAUUUGAACUUAAAUGCAGGAAGUCUUGUGGCCGUAAUUAUGACUUUCCCCGUUCUAGCGUUCCCAGUUCGUAAUCACCUGUUGUAAAUACUAUACCGUAUAUAUACACCUGUCCAGCUGUUUAUAUAUUUUUGUCAUUUAUGGUUGUUUAAUAAAUAA